CUCCCGGGCGCGGACUGCCGCGGUAAUUGGCUGGAUGUGGUACUUGGAGAUGUUGAGCUGGCUCCUUCCCCCCAUGUCCCUGCACACACACAGGGGCGGGUGGUGCGGGCGGGAGCGGGAGGCAGGGCUCAGCCCCGACGGUGGUGGGGCGCCCCCCACUCCCUGCCUGCCGACCGCCGUGUCCGAGCCGCUCCUGCUGCUGGGCUGCUGCCUGCGGCCGCAGGACCCCGCCGAGCCGGGCCAAGGGGAGCGCGGGCGGCUGCUGGCGGCGGCCGAGAUGAUGGCGGAGGGCGGCGGCGGGCCGGCGCGGAGGAAGGCGCUGUCGCUGUUGGAGGCGGCCCGUUCCCGCUAUGAGAGCCUGCAGAUCUCCGACGAUGUCUUCGGGGAGUCAGGCCAGGACAGCAGCGGGAACCCCUUCUACAGUACCUCGGCCGACUCCCGCUCCGCCGCCUCCUCCCAGGACGAGGACGACGACGAGGAGAACGAGGGGCGCCCGGAGGGGCUGAGCCCGCGGGGCAGGGCGGCCAGGCGCCGCGUCCCCCGGGCGGUGGCCACCCCGGCUGAGAGGCGGCGGCAGCGGCAGGGCGGCGGCGGUAGCAGCGCCGUCCCGGGCGGCCCCGGCCCGAUGGAAGAGGAGGAGGAGGAAGCGGAGAAGGGGGGCUGGACCCGGUCGCUGCGAGACGUCCCACCCCCUCACUUCAAGGAUGGCAGCGGUCCAACCCGAAAAAUGCCCCUAACAGCCAGUGCCAUGGACUUUUUUCAGCUCUUUGUCCCUGACAAUGUACUAAAGAAUAUGGUAGUCCAAACCAACAUGUAUGCCAAGAAGUACCAGGAGAGGUUCGGUAGCGACGAUGCCUGGAUUGAUGUCACCUUGACGGAAAUGAAAGCCUUCUUAGGCUACAUGAUAUCAACCAGCAUCCACCACUGUGAGUCUGUUCUCAGCAUCUGGAGCAGCGGCUUCUACAGCAACAAGAGCAUUGCACUUAUCAUGACACAAACACGGUUUGAGAAGAUCCUGAAGUACUUCCACAUCGUGGCCUUCCGUUCAAGCCAGACAACGCAUGGCCUCUACAAAAUCCAGCCUUUUCUGGACUCUCUGCAGCGUGGCUUUGACUCUGCUUUUAGACCUUCGCAAGCCCAGGUACUACAUGAACCCCUGAUUGAUGAAGAUCCUGUCUUCAUUGCCACUUGCACGGAGAGGGAGCUGCGCAAGAGGAAAAAGAGGAAAUUUAGUCUCUGGGUUCGGCAAUGCUCAUCCACUGGUUUCAUCUGCCAGAUUUAUGUCCAUCUCAAAGAAGGGAGUGGUGCUGACGGGCUGGAUGCUUUGAAGAACAAACCACAGCUUCAUAGUAUGGUGGCCAAAAACCUUUGUCAGAACGCCUCUGGGAAGAACUACAUCAUCUUCACAGGCCCAAGCAUUACCAGCCUGAAUCUCUUUGAAGAAUUUGAGAAGCAAGGGUCCAUGCAAUGGCUUGCUGAUAGAGAGUAUUUUUGUUCACAUGCAGAGAUUUACUGCUGUGGGUUGCUGAGCACCAGGAAGAGUGACUGCACAGGCCUACCUCCGUCCAUGCUGAACAACCCUGAAACUCCCCAGUCCAGAGGACAGUACAGAAUAAGAAUGAAGGGAAACAUGUCCUUGAUCUGCUGGUACAAUAAAGGGAACUUUCGUUUUCUGACCAAUGCCUAUUCACCAGUUCAACAAGGAGUUAUAAUUAAGAGAAAAAGUGGAGAAAUUCCAUGCCCAUUGGCAGUUGAAGCCUUUGCUGCUCACCUCAGCUAUAUCUGCAAAUACGAUGACAAAUACAGCAAGUAUUUCAUUUCUCACAAACCAAACAAGACCUGGCAGCAAGUAUUCUGGUUUGCCAUCAGCAUCGCUAUAAACAAUGCCUACAUCCUGUACAAAAUGUCAGAGGCCUACCAUGUGACGAGGUAUAGCCGUGCACAGUUUGGGGAAAGACUUGUAAAGGAGCUUCUGGGCUUGGAUGACACCUCACCCUCCCAUUGAUGCAUUGCUUUUGGUGGCAUAGACAGGGGCUGGAGGGUAAGCAGAAGAAGGUACUGCACCUGGAAUGACAAAGCAAGGAACUUGUGACACCACCAGUGCUGUCAUCCAAAAAUGCCAAGCGAUGCCACUAUAGAGUUGGAAACUGUCCUAGUAGGAGCCGGAUGUAAACAUGUCCUGCAGAAAGUGCCACUGGAAAAGCUGACACAAAAUUGCAUAUGUGAAUGCCCUGUGGUAAUCUGUACGCCAGAAACAGACUUAUAUGAGUUGUCAUCUCAAUACUAUGUCUUGAACAGAGUCAUCUUGUAAAGUUCCUCUUGGGCUAAGAGCUUGUCAUAACCUCAUGUAGCUCAGCAGUCCUAGGAGGGCAUUACAGAAGACUCUGUACCUUGCUUGGAGUUAUUAAAUUCUGGGACAAGUAGCGUAAGUCUGCACCAUGGGCUUGGUGUGGGGAGUGUCUGCCGUCCUGUAAGGCAUGCUGCUGUCCUCCCAGUGUGCUAAAUGAAGCAGUUCAGAUACAUGAAGACGGAAGCAAGCAUAUUGACAAACACAACCUUCACAGGCAGGCAGCCAGGAAGUGAGGACCAGUUCAGACUUUUUCUUUCCUUUUAUGUUUUUGUUUCUUUUUGUGUUUUUUUUUUUUAAAUUAAUGUAAUGUAUGGCAAUUUGAUCCCAGUUAGAACACAGCAGAAUUAGAAGAAACCAAAUAUCUUCAUGAAAUUAAAAUGGAAAUGCAUUACAUUGGUUUUCUUUUUUAACCAGGAUGAGACAUUUUAUACAGUAUUACUCACUGUUUGUUUGUGUAAGUAUUAAACAGUGAGUAAACCAGUAAUACUGCCUCACAUCUUAACUGCCACGGUCUGUGUACAGGUGAGAAAUCAGAGUACAUCUUGAUUUCAACUGUAUCUUAAAUGUUGCUGAAAAACCUAAUGUAAUGGACUGUUAAGUUUUUAGGAACAGCAAUUUCUUUUCCUUGUGUAACUUGUCAAGACUUUUUUUGGUCCAUUUUAGGACUUCAUUUGGCACAGAGUUGGCAGGAAAAAAAUAAGUCGCUAAUAGCAGUGUGUUUCCCAUUAUCACUGUGGGGUGGACUGUAGGAAUUCUUAUUAGAAUUCAGGGCUUGUCACAGUAGUUGUGAUUAAGCAAAUUACAUGUUUAGCAAAAUAACAUGGCAUUGUGUUUUACAAAAAGGAAGUAGUCCAAUCUCAACCAGACCUUAAACCUUCCCAAAACAGAGCAAGCCCAAACAGUUCUCCUUUUCUGAGUAACACUGUAGAGGGCAAGCAUAGUCAUAAGCUGGUGCCCAGGGUUGAAACACCACAUUUUGGUUCUUGUGGAAUCUGAAGGCUGAUGAAGCUUUGAAAAAUAAUGCUGAGAGAUGUAUGAUUGAAACUGGGGAGAGUUAAUACUGAGGUGAAAUACUACCCUGCUGCCCUCCACAUGUUAUUGAUUUCAGUCCACAACUCAAUCAGCAAAAGCCCUGUAUUCCAAAGGUUAUCAAUCAGUAAUGGAUGCAAAAAAGAAUUGCAUUAACUUACAGGGCAAAAACAUGUUGCUUAGUGGACCAGUUGAUUUUAGGUGCCCAAACCUGAAAAGUUUUACCAAAGAAUGACUUGGGUUGAUUCAGAGGAAUGGAGUGAUUGAUUGGUUUCAUCAGUGUAAUCCUCACCAGGGUAUAUGUAUCUAUCUGGCAAGAGCCAAUAGAGGGUAAUCAGCAUGAAUUUGAGAACUCUUCAGGUUUCCUCGUUAUGUGAUGUUCAAAUGCAUAGCAUGUAGAUCAUAACGGGAAAAAUCCAACACGGGUUAGUGAAUUACUGACUAGCCCAAAGCACAUCUUUGCACUGACAUCUUUCCACCAAAGUCUUACUUGUUUGGAGUAGGCUUAGAGGCAGAUCUCACCUGGUUGCAGGGAGAUUAAGGGGACAGCAAACUGGUGGUUCUGCUUGCAAUGCAGCCUGGAGACUGUCUCACAUGUCCUGCUGUGCCUGCCAGCUUCACGAUGUACAGAAGUGGGGUUCCUAAGCAUCCCAUUCUACUUCUCAGUCUGCAAGGUCUUCAAAAAGGAAACAUGGAAGAAAG